AUGCGAAGCUACCAGUUGCAGUAUGAGUACGCCAUCGCGCAGACGAACGAGACGCUCGCGCUGAUCCAGGACGUGGCCAGCCAGAACGAGUACGGCACGAUGCUGGCCAUAGACUCAGGCCGCUGCACGCCCAGCUCCACCACGAGCUCGGGCGGCGAGGUCUUCCCCACGGCCUGCUACUACUUCAACGGCGACGGCGAGCCCGAGGUCGGCCCCUUUAUCGGCGGCACCACCAAGGAGACGGGCCCGCGUGCGCCCUACCCGAACAACGUCUGGUACUCGUUCCCCAACACGUCCCCCCUGGAGGAGUGGAGCGCCAAGACGAGCGAGUGCACCCGCCAGGGCCUGUGCGACAUCGGCGUCAUGCCCGACAAUAUCAGCUGCACCUUCGCCUACCGCGUGCUGGGCUUCAUCCUCAUCGACGACCUCGUGGGCAUCACGUCCAUGUUCUGCCAGAACGGCGGCGUCGAGUUCGAGGCCACGACGGACGGCGAGUGGAUCGACGGCAUCUCGUUCUGGGAGAACCCGCAGGACGAGGACGCAAACUCGAAGCGUGCCACCAAGCUCGUGGAGGCCUACUACAAGCUGACCAACGGCCCCAUCGAGACGUCGGGCCUCGACUCGGACAUCAUCGCGCAUAUGCUGCCGCUGCCCACGCCCGCCGAACUGGCCGCCGAGAACCCGGCCUGCUACUAUCGGACUACGGCCGCAAGCGCGAGCUCUACGGCUCCACAGGGCCGGGGCGAGAACGGCGGCACGGGCGACGCGUCGGCCGACAGCUCGUCCGACCUCGUCGGGCACGGACGGCGACUCGAGCUCGAGCGGCGCGGCGCGGCCAUGAACGGCGUAUCGGCUGUGCUCAUGUCGACGGUGCUGGCCCUGGCCACGGCCCUCUUCUUCUAUUAUAGACAAGGAGAAGCACCCAGUGUGUUGCCCGAGCACGAUAUGAUGGGCGAGGAGCUGCGCUCAGCAGCAUUAGAAAAGGGCCGCAAGGUGCUGAGUUGA